GUUGUCAGUUUCAUAGGCAAAGGAGUUGGCGCAGGCGCAGCACUAACAGCUGCUCUCUACCUGCUCCGCAGAGUGUGUUUAAUAAUGGCCUGGAAAUCUGGAGGAGCCAACCACGCAGAGCUUGUAAACAACCUCCGCAAAAAUGGGAUCAUCAAGUCAGACAAGGUCUAUGAAGUCAUGUUGGCCACAGACCGAGGCCAUUUCUCCAGAAGCAACCCCUACAUGGACUCCCCACAGGCAAUAGGCUAUCAAGCAACCAUCAGUGCGCCACACAUGCACGCCUAUGCAUUGGAGCUUCUGUACGAUCAGCUGUAUGAUGGGGCCAAAGCUCUGGAUGUGGGGUCUGGCAGUGGAAUCCUCUCUGCGUGCUUUGCACGAAUGGUAGGUCCCAAAGGGAAGGUGAUAGGAAUUGAUCACAUCAAGGAACUGGUAGACGAUUCUAUAACCAAUGUAAAGAAAGAUGACCCCAGCUUGAUAACAUUGGGUAGAAUCAAACUAAUAGUGGGAGACGGGCGGAUGGGCCAUCCAGAGGAGGCGCCUUACGAUGCCAUUCACGUGGGCGCGGCAGCACCCAACGUGCCACAAGCACUCCUGGACCAGCUGAAGCCAGGCGGCAGGCUGAUUCUGCCCGUGGGGCCGGCCGGAGGGAACCAGAUGCUGGAACAGUACGACAAGCUGGAGGACGGCAGCACCAAGAUGAAGCCCCUGAUGGGGGUGAUUUACGUGCCUUUAACAGACAAAGAGAAGCAGUGGUCCAGGUGGAAGUGACUUCUUACUCCCUCUCCCCCCCUCUCUCCUUCACACAAUGGGCAAAGGGAUGAACUCUGAAGCGACAGACUGUCCAUAUUCCACAUGUCAGUGUGAGGCUGGAGGAGACUACUUUGGCUUCCAACAACAGCCAUUGGAAUUUUUUCAAAACAUAACAAACCAUGGUGAUUGGUUUUCUUUAUCAUGCUGAGGAAUAACCCCUGAUGUUGGGAAUAAGACUGUUAGAGAUUUAACAGAAGAAAGUGUUGGGGUUAUUAUUUUUUCCAGGUCUGCAUUGUUUUGGGUUGUGAAUUUUCCUUUUGAUUUUCUGCAGGAUUUUGAGCUAGUUUUAAUUUUGGUUACACCUGUGAGUUGCAAUCAACUAUUUCAACAAUAAUGCAUUUCAGCUCCAUCAAAGCUGAGUGUAAAGAGGUUGCCAGACUGUUCUGAUAAGGAAAGCCGGAGUUGAUGAGAUUAUUCACCCACUUGCUGUAGAUUGCACCUGAAGAUCUGACUGUAGAUAUCUUUACUGCUCUGCUAACAUAUAUCAGCCACCCCCCCCCCACAGUAUUUAAACAUAUGCACAUGUAGGCUGCACAAAUGGCCGCUCUAUCCCACAUCCAGUUGUUUGAUAUGCAGCACAUGACACUAGAUUUACUCAUACACUCUACAACAAGAGUGGAACACAUACACAUGUGAACACAUGGUUUCCAUGACAACAUCAUGUGCAGGCUUUACUGAUGACCAACACUAAAUUAAAUAACCGGUGCUUUGCCAAAAUAAACCUCAAUGUAAAGCAAAUGAAUGUCUGUUGUUUUUUACACAUGGAGUCGAAAAGCACAUUUAUUUUGGAUGAUCCAUGGCUUUCACAAUUUCUGGAAUGGCAAAAAUGAAAAUAAAGAGAUGCUUAUGUUUUUGUC